UCAAUAAAAUCAAGUUAUAUCAAACUUAUAAGCAAUGUCGAAAUAUACCAUAAUACUUGUUAUAUCACUACUAGCUGUUGCUAGUGCUGAGUUUAAUGAAACUCGAGUAGGUGCUAGUUGCACUAUUACCGAUUACUCCCAAGUGGACAGUGUCGUAAAAAGUUGUACAACUAUAGUGGUCAGUAAUCUCCAUGUAUCAGCUGGAAAAACCUUGAAGCUACAUUUGAAAUCUGGAACCAAACUGACCUUCCAAGGUAAAGUAACUUUCGAUCACCACGCGUGGGACGGACCUUUAGUGGAACUUCAAGGAACUAACAUUUACGUAACUGGAGCAUCUGGGCAUGUUUUAGACGGUGAAGGAGCUAAAUAUUGGGAUGGUAAAGGUGAUAAAGGAGGUAAAAAACCCAAAUUUUUCAGAAUCAAAAAUUCCAGUGGUAAAGUAGAAAACAUUCAUUUACUCAAUUGUCCCCAUCAAUGCGCCUCUAUUUUGAGCAGUAAAUCCUUAACUUUAUCUAAUUGGAACAUUGAUGUAUCUGCUGGAGACGCCAACGCACUAGGUCAUAACACCGACGGUUUCGACGUUUCUGAAUGUGAUGGUCUCCUUAUUCAAAACUGCGUCGUUAAGAACCAAGACGACUGUAUCGCCGUCAACUCCGGUAAGAAUUUACAUUUCGAUAAAAUGUAUUGUUCCGGAGGUCACGGACUCAGUCUUUCCAUCGGUGUUAGUAAAACUGAUUCUUCCAAAAAUUACGCCCAAAACGUCACAUUCUCCAAUAGUAACGUAGUCAAUUCCCGUAACGCCAUCCACGUUAAAACGCACACCGACGCAGCUUCCGGAUAUAUCAAAGAUUUGACGUACAGAAACAUCCAAAUGUCGGGUAUUACUCAUUACGGAAUUAAUGUACAAGAAGAUUACAAAGGCGGUUCGUCUACUGGAAAAGCUUCUAACAAUAUACCAAUCACAAAUAUGAUGGUCAACACCGUUAAAGGAACUAUGACAUCGUCGAAUGCUAUGCCGGUUUAUAUAUUAUGUGGAUCAUCGGGUUGCAGCAAUUUCCAAUGGUCUGGAGUCUCUAUUUCUGGAGGACACAAAUCUAGUCAAUGUAAUUAUCAUCCUUCUGGUUUCUCUUGUUAAACUGACUUAUAUAAAUAAAUAUAUUUGUAAAUAUUAA